GAUGCCAAAAUAUCCGAAGUCCAGAUGUCACAGAUCAGUCAAUAUGUCGAAGACCACCAGGAGAACGUACAUGUGGACGCAUGGGACCUGGAAGAGAAGGAAGCUGAAGAACUGGAGAAGGUAAAGGGGGAGUUCCUGACUUACGAAGAUGCCGGACUAGGGUCAACGACUGUAGAGGAGCAUCGGAUCCAGUUGGUAGAGGGCGCGGAGCCGUUUAAGGAUCGACACUUCCCUCAAUCCCCAGCGAUGCAGGAAGUGGUCUGGACCGAAGUGGACAAGAUGCUGGAACUAGGAGUGAUAGAGAGAGCGAUUUACUCAGAAGCUUUUAGAAAGCUUUUUGUGUGUGAGUUAAAGGCAGCGAUCAACAAGUCACAGUCGAAAAUAAAGCGUACUCGUGAGUGGACGUGGAAAAGGAGACCCCCUGUGAAAAGAAACCGUUAACAGAAAACUGAAACUGAAUACUCGCUUAUAAACGUAGUUAGUAUAACUUUAUUGUUACCCGUGUACCAUACUAAAUAUCAAGAGUGACG